AUUUAUCUUAUUCUAUAAGAAAAUUAGAGAGAGAAAGCGGAAGGGAGCGCGGCGAUUAGAAUUAGCGCUAAAAUCUCUUCAAUGCUCCCGAGCGGAAGCGGCAGAAAAAGGCAAGUUUCCGGGAGGGACUGAGACUCAUCGGAGUUUCUCUCUCUAUAUCUCUCCUCUUAAAACAAAGAAAGCCCUAACCCUAACGCCAGCCAACGCACGCAAGAACAAGCACCCACACAGCUCAAGAAGGAUUCCAAUCAAUGGCGGCUGCUGGCCACCGGGAUGCCGCCCACGGCGGCAUUCUGACUGAAUUGGAAGGCGACCAUCUAGGCUCCGACGACUACUGCUUCAUUAGGAUCGGCGAACCUGUCCCCAUCAAGCCUGCCGCCGAUGAUGAUGAUGAUCCUCUGUUUGAUUCCGAAAUUCCUCCUUCUCAACCUUUGGCUGUUUCUGGCGGUCUCAUAUUUGUUGCCCAUUCCACUGGGUUUUGCGUUGCAAGGACUAGAAAUGUCAUAGAAUCUGCCAAGGAGAUUAAGGAGAAAGGGCAAGGUUCUUCAAUAAAAGAGGUCAGUAUUGUGGAUGUCCCCCUUGGCAGGGUGAGCAUUUUAGCUCUCUCUGCUGACGACUCCACUCUUGCGGCUUCUAUUGGUGGCGACAUUCAUUUCUUCUCUGUCAGCUCGCUCAUCAAUAAGGAACAAGGUGCAUCUUUCUCUUGUUCACUUAAUGACUCAAGUUGUGUCAAAGAUAUGCGAUGGACUAAAAAGUUGGAAAAUUGCUUUGUUGUUCUUUCAAAUGUUGGGAAGUUGUACCAUGGAGCAAGACAAGGCCCUCUUAAGCAUGUAAUGGAUAAUGUAGAUGCUGUUGAAUGGAGUAUGAAAGGAAAUUUUGUUGCUGUGGCAAGAAAGAAUAAUCUUAGCAUCUUCUCAUCAAAAUUCAAACAAAAAUUCAGCAUCUUGUUGUCAUUCAAGUCGUGGAUUGGUGACUCUGAUUUGGAUUGCACUGUGAAAGUGGAUUCUAUCAGGUGGGUGCGUUCAGAUUGUAUAAUUCUGGGAUGCUUUCAGCUAAACGCAGAUGGCAAUGAGGAAAAUUAUCUGGUUCAAGUUAUCACAAGCAAAGAUGGAAAAAUUACUGAUGUGUCUUCCAACCCUUGUGCACUAUCAUUCAGUGAUGUUUUUGGAGGUUUGGUGGAUGACAUUGUGCCCUUUGGAACUGGGCCAUAUAUGUCGUUAUGCUAUAUAGAUAAAUGCCAGCUUGCAAUUACAGCUAACCGGAAGAGUACAGACCAGCACAUUGUACUAUUUGGUUGGUCACAAGGAGAAGAGAACAAAGAAGCUGCUGUUAUUGAUAUUCUGAGAGACACCCUAUUGCCAAAGAUUGAUCUUCAAGGGAAUGGUGAUGAUAAUAUUGUCCUUGGGCUUUCUUUGGACAAGUUCUCCUAUGAUGAAAAAGUCGAAGUCAAGCUUGGAAGUGAAUACAAGGAACUGUCACCUUUUUGCAUUCUCCUAUGUCUUUCUCUCGAUGGAAAACUUUUUAUGUUCCACGUUGCCAGUGCUUCUGGAGCUUCCCUUCCAUCUGAAGUUACCUCUCUGCUUUCUGAUGAGGAAGAUGAUCCAACUGUAGUGGCAUGUCCAAAAGAUAUUUUGUCAGAAACUUCUGGUUUGGCAGUAAAAGGUGUGAAACAACUGGGUCUUGGUUUGCUGUUACAGGAUGUGAACAAGAAGGAACUUAACAUGCGAGACACUGACAUUCCAGUGAAAAAUGAGCGACCAGUUCUUGUAAUGGAAAAUGACAAUUUGCAGACCUUUAAAACCAAGGGUCUGCUGAAGUUUCCUGUCACUGAGCAAAACCAAGAUACAAAUGCUCAAAAAUCACUGCCUUCUGCCCAGCAGGCCACAGAUUUAGGAACAACUACUCUGAAGACUUCUCACUCAGCAGUACCUGGACUUAUGUUCAGAGAUUUCAGCAGGACAGAAAGUCAGAAACUCAUGGAAGGUGGAGGAGGCCCUCAUUCUUUUUUGGGCAACACUUUAGCCAAUACAUCUAGCCAAUCAAUUCCUACAAUAUCACCAAAAGAUGUGGAUUUAGAUAUAAAAUCAUCAAUAAACCUUGGUUCAUCUAGCUCAAGCAGUGGUUGGUCAGAGCCCUCAUCAAAUGGAGAGCUUAUAUUUCCUGUCGCUUCUCGUGGAGGGUCAUUCAGAAAUUUUCCCCCUUCAACUGCUAUAUUUUCUUCUGGAAAAGCAAGCCAUAGCAGAGCACAGGGCCCUUCAACUGGCUCAAGGAUUACUGAACCGUUGCCUGCCAUCCAUAGCUCUCCAUUAUCAUCUGAACAAAAUUAUACAUUUGGGAAGACUUCGAAGAAUAAGAUUAAUCCUAUCAAGGAGAACUGCAGAACUGUCUCUCUGACCAGGUCACUGAAUUCUGAGCCACACCUAUCAAAACAAUUGGGCAAUGUUGAAGAAAUGAUCAAAGAACUUGAAACCCUUCUGGAUUGUAUUGAAAGAGGUGGUGGUUUUAGGGAUGCCUGCACUGUUCUCCAGGAAAUGUCUGUUCUAUCUCUAGAGGAAGGCAUAGAGACUCUUUCUGAUAGAUGCAAACUAUGGAAGAGCAUAAUGGAUGACCGUCUGAGGCAGAUUCAACUUCUUUUUGAUGAUACUGUGCAAGUUAUGGCGAAGAAAUUUUAUAUGGAAGGUAUUGUCAAGCAAGCUAGUGAUGCCCAAUAUUGGGAUCUGUGGAACCGGCAGAGUUUAAGCUCUGAACUAGAGUUAAAGAGGCAGCGCAUGUUAAAAACAAAUCAGGAAUUGUCCAAUCAAUUGAUUGAGUUGGAAAGGCAUAUGAACACUCUAGAGCUUAAUAAAUUUGGUGAAAAUGGUGGAGUUCAAAUGAGUCAAAAAACUUUUACCAGCAGAUAUGGGCCUUCAAGACAUAUCCAGUCCUUACAUAGUUUACUAAAUACAAUGAGUACACAGUUAGCCACUGCAGAACAACUUUCUGAAUGCCUCUCAAAACAGAUGGCGGUGUUGAGUAUAGAAUCACCAGUCAAGAAACGUAACGUGAAAAGAGAGUUGUUUGAAUCCAUUGGGAUCCCUUAUAGCGGUGCCUCUUUCAGAUCUCCUGAUGAAAAAAGUCUUUCCAGGAGAAACCAAUCAACUGCUCUGAGGGAUUUUGGAUCUGAUACAGUGAGGAGAAGACGUGAAUCACUGGACCAGAGUUGGGCUAGCUUUGAACCUCCAAGAACAACUGUGAAGAGAAUACUUAAGCAUGAAGACUGCGAGAAGGCAAGCAUAGACCGAUCUUCAUUAUUGAUGGAUAAGAAACAAGUCAAGCCCCAAAUGUUGGAGGGAUCUAUAGUUCCUUACUCAGAGUAUUGUACCACCACUUCAACCAUCCUGUCUCCAUAUGAGAAGAAAGGCAUCCAGGACAGACGAACAAAACAGAACUCUGAACUGACGCCAACUUCAUUACAGCAGUUUGAUAGCCCUUCUGAAUCAUUGCUGGCAUUCAAGUCUCCUGCAAUGAAAAUGCCACUGGUGAACAGUUUUGCUGUGACAUCGUCACAGUCUUCUUUCAUAUCCUCAACCAUCAUCAGUCCAGAUAAUACAAGAGGAAUUUUUAAUCUGACUGCUGGUAGAUCAAGCACAGGUGUAGCUACUGUUGAGGAGUCUGACUCUGUUUUGGUUAAUGAGUCCAAGGUUGCGCAGCAGGCCAAUAUUGAGCUACAUCAAAAACCAUCAAUGCCCAAAAGCUUACCCUGGCAGACAUUUCCUUUGUCCGAGAAGCCCAAUGAAAUGUCAAAUUUAAAUGAUGAAGAUAUUAAUUUUGUCAAGUCUAUCAUUGGCUGCGUGAAACAGGAACCUAGCACCACUGGAAGCUCGUUUUCUGAAUCUGGAAUGUUCCAGUCUGAUACUGCAGCAAGCAAAAGGCAGCCAGAUAGAACAGCAUCAUCUUUUUCUACACCCAUCCUAUCAACUUCAAGUCUAGCUUCACUUCCAUCAUCAUUGAUAGCCCCAUCUUCUUUACAUAAUCCACCACCACCUACCUCAUCACCAGCAAUCUCAAUGGGCAGAUUGUUUACAGAUUCUAAAGCCGGUACCAACAGUAGUCAGGCAUUUCUUUUGUCUGGUUCCUCCUUUGAGGUUCCUGGAAAACCAGUUUCUUCACCUAUCUCAAUUCCUUCCAUGAAUUUAAAUACUGAGUCUCCGAAGAGCGAGCCAGAAGCUUCUACAGCUAAGCAUGAUCCUAAAACAGAUGAGAAUCCUACUGUUGAAGUUUCAUCUUCAAAGCCUGAGACCACAAAUACUGUGAAACUAGAGUCUUCCAUGCCAACCAUGCCUACAAGUGAACCAUCAGCCAGUUUGCAAUCUGGGACCAAGCUCAGUUUCAGUGGCAUGGCAAGUCCUGCAUCAAAUGUAGAAGUGAUGUCCAAAGCAGAACAGCCAUUUGCCACAGAUGUUUUAUCUGCAGUUCUGUCAACUUCUGAGAGCGUCAGUGGUGGAAAAAGUGAAGCAGAUGUUGUGGUCACCCAGGAGGAUGAGAUGGAAGAGGAAGCUCCUGAGACAAGUCAGACAAUUGAACUUACUUUGGAAAGCCUAGGUGAUUUUGGGAUUGGAUCAGCCCCAAAUCCAACUGCUGCCAAGCCAAAUUCCUUUGGCAUGACAUUUGGCAAUGCAGCACCAACUCCAGCUAGCUCCCCAUUUACUAUGACAGUCCCAACAGGAGAGCUAUUUCGACCAGCAUCGUUCCACUUCCAGUCUCCGCAGCCUUCUCAGGUAACAAGUUUUGGUGUGUAUUCUGGAGGCUUUAGCACGGGCACCACUUCUCAAGUUCCUGCGGGAAGUGUUUUCGGCCAGCCUGCUCAGAUCGGAGCAGGACAGCAAGCUUUAGGUUCAGCUCUUGGUGCUUUUGGACAGUCGAGGCAGUUUGGUUUUGUUCAACCUGGUACCACUGCCCCUUCUGCCACUGGUCUCAGUGGCGGCUCAGUCAGCUCCCAUUCAACUGGUGGAUUUGCUGUUGGUGGUUUUGCUAGUCUUGCUUCAGCUGGUGGUGGGUUUUCUGCUGCCGCAUCGUCGGGGGUUGGAUUUUCUGCUGCUGCUGCUUCUGGUGUCGGAUUCCCUGGUUCAGGGGGUGGUGGCGGCGGCGGUGGUUUUGGAGCGUUUAGCAGCCAACAAGGAAGUGGUGGUGGCGGCUUCUCUGCAUUUGGUAGCAGCGCGGGGGGGAGUGGAAGGCCGCCGUCUCCCAUGUUCACACAAAUGAGAAAAUGAAAUGUAAUGAUAUAUAAGAGGGUGUCAAAAGCAGCGCUUCUUGUUAUGUCUUUAGCCAUUUUAAUGUUUAGUGUAAUAAUUAGUAAUCUUGUAUUAUUUGUUUGUUAUUAUUAUAAUUUAUUUUUGUCUUGCUCUUGCAUUAAAGUAA